GAGUUUGCUUCUUUCCGGCUGAGUCAAAAAGCUUAUCGCGACUUCCUUUGUGUUUGAAUUAAUGCGAAACGUGUUUAGGCGGCUCACCGUGACUUCAAACACCUGGGGGAGUAGUCAAACUUUUACUUAUGUCUAUGGAACAAGACUUUUCUACCGACGAUGAGGCGUUUACGAAUAUGUUCCCUAUCCACCGCGCUUGCCGUGAUGGAGAUGUUGGAGCUUUGCAGUCACUGAACCACCAUCACGCUCAAAUAACAGCCGAGGACUCCUGCUACGGUUGGACCCCCAUUCACUGGGCAGCUCACAGUGGACAGUUGGAGUGUCUCAUACGCCUGGUGCAGAUUGGUUGCAACGUGAACACAGUGUCAAGUCGCUUUAACCAGACUCCAACACACACAGCUGCGAUUGGCGGGCACCCACACUGUGUUUUGUGGCUAUUGCAGGCUGGUGCGGAUGUCAACCAGCAGGACUGGGUUGGUGAGGCUCCCAUCCACAAGGCUGUUAGGGCAGCUUCCAUGGAGUGCAUCCAAAUACUGCUGGUAGCGGGCGCUAAACUGCACUUAAGGAACACCAGCGGGCAGACAGCAGCUGACCUUGCGCGAACUCACAGCUCAGAUGACUGUCUCCGCCUCAUCCUCAACUUGCAGGGGCACUUGUUGCAGCUCAGUGAGUUACAGAGCAAUGGAGAAAAGAAUGGGAACAGCCCUGGUUUGCUCUGUAGGAAGAGGCUGCAGUCUGCUUUUGAGAAUGGUCAAAUGAAGAAAGCAAGGAGGGAUAUGUUACUACAGAAGCAACAUUCUGCACUUGAAGACAGCAUGGAGUCCAGCUGUGGAAGUCAUGUUCUUCAUAUGAAGGGAUUCAAACAUUCCCCCCUCCAACCAGCAGCCGUUGCUGAUGUCCCUGAUGGCAUUCAUCCACACUCUCCCAUUAAUAAUGAUGAACCAAUGAAAAACAUUCCCGCAUGCAGUGAAGUUUCCGUACGGCUGUCUUGGCAGCAGGGAUGUUCAACUCCCAACCAGCGCGACUCAGCUGACAUGUGUGGCUCCCUGCAUCUGACAGAAAGCUACAACAUCUGCUUCCCCCAUCAACUGGCGUUUCAAAGCCCACUAGAAGCUGAUUGUGAUGAUGUCCUCAAUUAUGGACACUAUCAUGGUUUCGGGGACACAGCAGAGGAGAUAUCUUACAGAGGCCACAUUGGUCUCAAGUCCUCUCAAAAUGCAGAAGCUGCCAUGGAUAUGUCCCAGGACUCAUAAGCCCAAGGCUGUAAAAAUUUUUUCAUAUACUGUACAGUUCAUUAGGGUCAUGAUAUGUGAGGUUGUUUUUUUUUUUAAACACCAGUUAUGUUCUCUCGAUGAGACUUUUGGUUGUAUAAAGUUUCCCAACCUCUGAGCCAAGGGGUCAUGUUUUACCAAGGUUGGGUGGCUUACCACACACCAGUGUUUAACCUAGGUUUGAGCGAAUCCCAGUGGUUUCGUGACAAAGUCUAAGGAGCGACGGUUAAGACACGACAGGCCCUAUUUUUGUACACUGACUAAAUCUAUGCAAAGUGCUGUUUUAGACCAGGUACUGGUUAUUCAGUGAAAGGCUGACUGACUCUCCUUUUGUUAUGAGGACGUACAAAAAAAAAACAAAAAUAAAAAUCGGGCAAACUAUGCUGGUAUUAAAAAAAUAUAUAUAUAUUGCAUUACAUUUUACACCAUUAGGUAUGUGAUGAAAGGAUGCAACAAUAUGAGAAUGUCGAAAUGAAAAUGAAGGGAACGGUGAAUAUAUUGGGCUUUAAAAUUGGGAAAAAAAGACUGCUUUAUUAUGCAGUUCCAAGUGUUCUGUCAUUUCACAUGUGAAACGUGGGAUUUGUUACCUUUGGCAAGGUUAAGAACCACUGCAAUAAACCAAUAUAGUAAAAAUGUCAAAUAUACUUAUGGUUAAAUGUUUGUCUGCACGGUGACACUAUACAUUUUUUGUUGAACCAAAACAUUUUUUGUAGUAAAUAAUACUUAAUGGUUGGGGGAAAACUGCUGCAAAAUACCAAAACGCAUUUCCUCUUUUCCCAUUAAACACUGCACCCUUGCAAAGUAAAUGUGCAGCUAACAACAAGCCUAUACUUAUAAUUAGUAGCUAAACGUUGACUUGACUUUGCAGCAACAAAGUACCUAGAAAGAACUUCAGUUAUGAAUGUCAUCGGAUUGAAUUGCUUUUGGGCUUUUAUUGUAUUUAGAUGUGAUGUGUGCAGAAAAGUAUUAGUUUAUCUGAAACAAACAGGACACACAUUUUUGGGUUAUGCUCCAACUGUACUGUAAAUAUGUAUGCUAAAUACUGUAACUCAAACU